AUGAGGAUAGAACAUUGCCCUGUUUCCGCUAGCCAACGUCGGCCACUCAUAAGUUCGGACAAGGGCACGUGGCCAUUGGCCGGAAUGCCCUCGGUCAUGAAGUGCUACCAGGACUACCUCGACCAAUUACACAUGUCCAUACUCGGCUAUGCCACCACGGAUCUCGUGAUCAUUCUGGUCCUGCAAUGGAUGAAUCUGCACCCUCGUACCUCCUAG